AAUGCGAAUCUGACGGCCAUUAAAACGAGUGAACUGGAAAACCCCUCCCCCCCCCUGAAAUCUCCAUGGCAGAAUUCCACCGCAUCGUCGCCACCUUGCACUCUCCUCUCAGACAACCUUAAACUUGCCACGACAACGACUAACAACCGUUCUUUCAAAUUUCAAUUAAUACUCCAUAUAAUAAUACCACCUUCUCCGUAUUUCUCCCCCCUGAUCUCCUCCAAUCUCUACCUCUCCCCUUCUCUGCGAUUUGCAGGUGGGUGGGAGGAGGCUCGGAGCGUCGAAUCCCAUCUGGGUUUCCUCCAUUCUAAUCAUUUUCUUCCGUUGUGAGAUUUGUUUUCUUUUUUCUCUGUUCGGAGAUGGUGAUGACAGUUGCUUCUCCCAGAAAAACGGCCUCCAUUACAGAGAAGGUGUUUCAGCGGGUUUACAGCAAUUUUAAUCUAACCGCCACCGCCACAACUGCCACGACAACCACCAGCUACGGUGGUACUACUCAUCAUCAUCACCAUAUAAAGAAGUCUUCUUCGUUCGAAAACUUCGAGGAGGAUUACUACGAUGAGGAGGAAGAUGGUACCAUGGAGCUUGCCCAGAUGGGUGCCGACAGGGCCAAGAACGUGCUCAUCCUCAUGAGCGAUACAGGCGGUGGACACCGUGCCUCCGCCGAGGCCAUUCGUGAUGCUUUCAAGAUCGAGUUUGGAGAUGAGUAUAACAUAUUUGUGAAGGAUGUUUGGAAAGAGUACACAGGCUGGCCAUUGAAUAAUAUGGAGAGAUCAUACAAGUUCAUGGUCAAACAUGUGCAGCUAUGGAAGGUUGCUUUUCACGGUACCUCUCCCAGAUGGAUUCACAGCUGUUAUCUUGCCGCUAUUGCUGCCUACUAUGCCAAGGAAGUAGAAGCUGGUUUAAUGGAGUACAAGCCAGAUAUUAUCAUCAGUGUUCAUCCAUUGAUGCAGCACAUUCCUCUCUGGGUUCUUAAAUGGCAGGGACUUCAAAAGAAAGUGAUUUUUGUGACCGUCAUUACAGACCUCAACACUUGCCACCCAACAUGGUUUCAUCCUGGAGUCAAUAGAUGUUACUGCCCAUCAAAUGAGGUAGCCAAGAGGGCUCUGCUAGAUGGCCUCGACGAAUCUCAAAUCCGAGUCUACGGAUUACCCAUUAGGCCUUCGUUUGCACGAGCAUUUCUCUUGAAGGAUGAGUUAAGGAAAGAGCUUGAAAUGGAUCCUGACUUACCUGCAGUUUUGCUGAUGGGAGGAGGUGAAGGAAUGGGUCCUGUCAAAAAAACUGCAAAGGCUCUUGGGGAAUCCUUAUACGACAAAGAGCUUGAGAAGCCAAUUGGGCAACUAAUCAUCAUAUGUGGCCGGAAUAAAGUGCUUGCCUCCACAUUAGAAUCCGAGGAAUGGAAGAUCCCGGUUAAGGUUCGAGGUUUCGAGACCCAGAUGGAGAAAUGGAUGGGAGCUUGUGACUGCAUAAUCACAAAAGCCGGACCCGGUACAAUUGCAGAGGCAUUGAUCCGAGGGCUUCCAAUCAUCCUCAACGACUACAUUCCGGGACAGGAAAAGGGCAAUGUGCCCUAUGUAGUGGACAAUGGAGCUGGUGUGUUCACCAGAAGUCCCAAAGAAACAGCUAGAAUUGUAAAAGAAUGGUUCAGCACCAAGACAGAUGACCUAAACAAAAAAUCAGAAAAUGCCCUUAAACUAGCACAGCCCGAGGCAGUUUUCGACAUUGUCAAGGACAUCCACGAACUCGCCAAACAGCGCGGUCCUCUAGCCAACAUUCCUUACAUGUUCACAUCAUCUUUCACCAGCUUAAUCUAGUUGACAUACAUACACAAAUAUAUGCAGUUGUUCUCAGCUAGAUUACUGUAAUGUGUACAGCUAGCUUUUUAAAUUCAUGAUCAUUCUUUGGACCAAGAUCUUCAUUUGUAGAAGUUUCUCUAAUAGACUUAGUUUUCUUUAAUGUUUUGAAGGGCAAAAGAUUUUAGGGUGUUUAUGGGAGAUUUUAGGAUUGGAUUUAAGAAAAAAAAAGAAUUGGGUAAGUACGCAUCUUGUAAUAUUUUGUAUAUCAAU